GCAUUCUGAGCUAAGCUGCCACUCCACUCCAGAAAGCGGCACCAACGCGAAUCCAAAAAAGUCUUCCCUCUUGCGUCAAUGGAUUUCAAAGAGUUUGGAGAGGAGUCUUCAGAGGGAGACACGGAGGAUCUGGACAACGUCAAAGCGCUAACGGAGAAGCUGAAGUUGCAGACACGCAGACCAUCCUAUCUGGAGUGGCAGGAACGGGUGCAGAGUCGCCCGUGGAAGGAAAUGAAUACAGCAGACAGUCCGGAAUCUGGUGGACAAGACGUUUCCAUACCCGCAAUACUAAGAAAUGAGAACUCAGAGCUAGUAGUGCGCAAUAUAUGUGGCUUUGAUACAAUUGAUGAUGCUUUGGAGUUUCUAAGAAAAGAGCUGAGGGAGAUGCAAGUCCAGGACAACCACCUGGCCCGUCAACUGAUCCGUCUGCGUGGAGAGAUCCACCGGCUGAAAGUGGAGCAGGUGUGCGAUCGUCACAAGGAGAUGCUGGAUGAUGCAACAUACGAGCUAGAGGAAUGCGGAGAGGAGUCGGACCUGUUGUGUGACAUCCCCAUGAAGGCAGCUUUCGCUCUGUCCACCCCUCUGAAACACCUGGGUCUCACCAAGAUGAACAUCAACUCCAGACGUUUCUCACUGUGUUAAAAUAGCAGUCACUUAAUGAGGAUGUUUCCAUCUUCUCUGUGUUUGUUAAGGCAUUUUAUGAAAGUUUCUUCCUCCUCAGUGAGGUGUUGUGGAGUCAGAGCAAGGAGUGGCUGCUAGUCACUGCUACCAGGAACGACAAUGAAAAUUAUAUGUGCCUUGACUUGACAUGAAUGAGGAAACCUCUGUGUGCAGACCUGUGGAGGCACACACCUUUCCUACAGUCAGUUUCCGGCUGGACUGCUCCGCUCCUGACUGUUUGCACAGUGCAGAGUGAUAAAUUAUGACUGAAAUGUAAAGUAGAAUGAAAUUUAUGUUAAAUAUCUUAAAGAUGAUUUUAUCUGGUGAUGCAAAAACAUACCGAAAAUGUUGACUUCAGGACACAAGCAGUGCCUUGGGGAACUUAAUGGCCCCAGUAUAAAUAGGAAACUUUCAGACAGGACACUUACUACUUACCAAACCAUGACCACAGUCUGGAAUGCAUUUAUUUGAAUAGAAAUUAAAAAAAAAAGAAAGAAAACUAACUUGUAAUAGCAAAUAAUCUAU